GAGCUGAACUUCCAGUACAUCUUCACCAUCUCCUUCCCAAUCUUGCUCUCUGAGGUUCAAGGUCUCUGGAGGUUAUCCCUGCUGCAACUAGUGCCAUGGAUCCCAAACAGAUGGUGCAUAUGAAUCAAGGACAAGAGGAAACUAGCUAUGCUCGCAACCAUAGUAGCCGGAAACGGGGAACAGUGGGCCAUCCCUCGAUCCGGAUUCAUCGACCCGGAGUCAGAUUCGGGAACGAGGGUCGAUUCGGUAAGAUUCGAUGCGGAUUCGGCGUUUCCGCAGUCGGAUCGUCGAUUCAGGUUCGGCGACUCGACAAUAUUGGUUCUUGAAUCGACCGAGUAAGCAAAAGGUUAGCCAUAUCAAUCACGAACUCCUCGUUUUACUCCCUGCCCCGUUCUUUUCCACUCCCCUAAAUAACUUCUCGUUCUGCUCUCCAAUUACUCCAAGGCUGCUAAUAAAUUUUUCAUUGGGAAGGAGAUGAUAUAUUUUAGUCUUCAUGAAUCGACGAUGCAGCCAGUUGCUCCCAGCCCAGCCAGUUCCAUGUAUAAGUACUCCCUCGGUCCCUCCCAGCCAGUUGCUCCUCGCAUCCGUAAAGAUUCACGUUCCUCGUUCCAUGGUACCGUACCAGAUUCAUUGUACCGGAAUUGAUUGGAUCGCGUUUCCGCUUUAGAAAAAUCGUUCUAGAGAUGUAUACCCCUACUGUACCCUAUUUUUUCCAGCCCCCGACUCUCGUCCCCCGUUCCUGUUCCUCGUUCCCACCGUACCGAAAACAUGGCAACUAUGCUCGCAACUCCAGUAUUCAGGUAUACCUUCUCUCUUGAUCGAUUCAGUACUGUUAUUUCUAUGGUCCCUUCUGAAACUUGGCUUCUGAAGACUGUCUCGUCAAGAAUUUGUUCAUAUUAUAUCUUAUACUAUUACUGACAACUAAACUAAACACCAUAAAUAAAGAAUAAUAUUGGGAAAGACUUAACUGGAUUUCUGAAGAAGUACAAGUCGAGUGCAGAAUGCUGCGCAGAACAGGAUGAAGCCCCUGAUAGAAGCGGCAAUCGUUGAUGUAUGCAGCAACACCAGCACCUUGUCUUGCGGAAAGGUGGUGAUCAUGGACUUGGGCUGCUCCUCUGGUCCAAAUGCGGUGGCAUUGGUGUCAAUCACCCUUGAGGCCACCCACAGCCACUUUCUUCAGUUGCAGCAGCCACCUCCGGAAGUCUGUGUACUCCUGAAUGAUCUCCCAUACAAUGACUUCAACGUGGUGGUGAAGAGCCUGGUUCCGCUCCGUAAAAUGAACGAGCCUGUUGUUGUAACUGGUGUUGUACCAGGGUCAUUCUACGAGAGGCUCUUCCCUGGUGGAUCCUUGCAUCUUAUCUGCUCAUCCAACAUCCUUAAUUGGCUCUCAAAGGCUCCUCGAGAUUUAAUGAUGAACCAAAUCCCGGCGUACGACAUCGAUGAACAUGUCAGGCGUGAAAGACUCACGGUGGUUGCUGGAGCUUAUGCAAGACAGUUCAGGAAAGAUUUCACACUUUUCUUGGAGCUGAGAGCCAAAGAAUUGGUCCCUAAAGGCAGGAUGGUUGUUUCCCUUGCUGGGAGGCGUUCUGAUGAACUCAUAAACGAAAGCUCUCACGUCUGGGGAACUGUAGCUCAGAUUUUAGCCAUCAUGGCCUCAGAGGGUGCGAUUGACAAAGCAAAGUUUGAUUCUUUCUACAUACCAGUAUAUGGGCCUUCCCUUGAAGAGCUGAGGGAAAUCAUCCAGGAAGAUGGUUCCUUCUCAGUCACCGAGAUGCAGGCGCACGAGCCUACAAGCGGCAUGGACUAUGCAUGCCUCACCCUAAACAUGAUUGCGAAUAGUUUGAGAGCUAUAUAUGAGCCGAUAAUAGACCAACAUUUUGGAUCCUCUGGAGAGGUCAUGGAUGAGUUUGUGAGGACCGCGGAGAAGUAUUUGAACCUGCAAGGUGGCUCUCAAGUCAAGCAGACCAAAAACCCGAUAGUUAUGCUGGUUGUAUCGCUCACCAAGGCAUGACAUGGCAACUGGCGUGUUAUUGCUUAGCUUGUAUCACUCAUCAAUUCAUAAACUCGAUUGGAUUUUUGAGAGACGAAAAGAAAGAUAUCUUCUGUAAUAAUAUUUUCA